AUGGGUCUGUGGGAGUCGUCCCUAGCACGACCUCAGUAUGGUGACAAUGCCAAUGAGCAGGUAUACACCGACCUGUUGACCUUCUGCUUCCGCGGCCCUGUGCCAUACGAUGAAGAACAGCCAUUGUUUAUUGACGCAGAAGCCCCCUCGCGAGCCUUCAGUGCCCGGCAAUUCAGGAUCCUCGUGCGGACCCUCAUUACCGGACUGAAAGCCCAUCAUGUGCAAAGGGGCGAUUGUGUGCUGGUCCACUUGGGGAACAAUAUCAUAUACCCCGCACUGUUUUUCAGCGUAAUUGGUGCCGGCGGCGUGUUUAUGGGAUCGAAUGCACGGAGUCAGCCUCAGGAACUCGAGCACCUCGUUUCGUUAGCUGAGCCAAAGAUUAUCAUUACGAAUCGCGAAGCGCUACCGACAGUCCUCAAUGUCUCCACAAGCAAGGGCAUGCUCCCCAGCCAAGUGUGCCUACUGGACGAUGCCGCAACAGAACACAUUGAUCAACUAGUCGGAUCCGGCACAGCGCCGUACCUUGAUAGUGGAGAUGAGAGCUAUCUGAAUUUCGCGCAGCUCCUCGGUUACGGCGAGAACGACUGGAUUACGUUUAACGAUGAGAUGAUCGCAAAGUCUACACCGGCCGCGAUGUUCUCCACCAGUGGCACCGGAGGGCUACCAAAAGCCGCGGUAUUAUCGCACCACGCAAUUGUGUGCCAACACCUCACCAUUUCCUACGAUGUGCCCUAUGCGGUUCGUCGAUUAAUGUCGCUGCCCAUGUUCCAUCUUUUUGGUGCUCUAUGGACGCACAUUUUCCCAGUCCGGUAUGGCCAGCCGCUAUACGUCCUUUCCCGUUUUGAGAUUAGCCGGUUCGUCGCAGCUGUGUAUCAGUACCAAAUCACGGAGACAUACAUGGUACCCGCCAUGAUCCAUGCUUUUAAUCGCUGCACACUGCCACUCGCGGAUUAUUUCGGAUCCCUACGCUAUGUCGGCGUCGCCGGCGCGCCAAUUGACGGGGCGUCAAUGCAGCAAUUCCGCGAAUUCCUGCCGCUCGACGCCGACGCGUCUCAGCUCUGGGGCAUGACAGAGGUAGGAGUAGUUUUCCAAAAUCGGUACGGCGAGCCAGGAAACGCAGCUAGUAUUGGCAGACUCCAGCCUGGAUACGAAAUCCGCCUUGUCGGCGCUGAUGGUAACCUGGUCGCGGACGACAAUAAGCCUGGGGAGCUGUAUGUGCGCGGUCCCGGCUUGCUUACAUGCUACCGGGGACGGGAUGACGCCAAAGAUUCACAGGGUUGGUUCCGCACUGGAGACGUGGCAUAUGUAAACGAUGGACUAUAUUACAUUGUUGGGCGAACCAAGGAGCUUAUCAAAGUUCGAGGAUGGCAGGUCGCCCCCGCAGAACUCGAAUCGAUCCUCCUCAAACAUCCUGGAAUUGAGGAUGCCGCCGUGACGGGCGUAACUUCGAAAGACGGCAGCACAGAGGUUCCCCGCGCCUUCGUCGUCCGAUCAAAGACGCUGUCGGGAGCGCGCCUGACCUCGCAGGAAGUCUACCUCUUCUGUCGCCGCCAAUUAGCUUCCUACAAAGCCCUUGAUGGAGGCAUUAUCUUUGUCGAAGAGAUCCCACGUACGGCAAGCGGGAAGAUCCAGCGCUUCAAGCUCACUCAGAUGAACACAUACCGGGAGAUUGUUAGUUCUCUGCUUGCUCGGUUUCGCGGCGCGAGUCUACAGAGCGUGGGAAUUAUGCAUGGAGGGCGUAUUGCCGUAUGA